GAUCGCACUAGGGAACUGUCUAGUGCAGUCUAGUGUCUAAAAGAACCGAUGACUCAUCGCGUGCAUAAUCAAGGGAAAUUGCAUCAGUUUCGCUGGUGCUGAUAAUUUUGGAGUUUCGUUAAUUUCUCGACCAGUGAUCAGCUGUAAGUAAAAAAUGUCAGACCAGUCGACGAUCGGUUCAUCGGAGAUAUCAGUCCUCGAAGAUGUUUGCCUACGUGGAAAGAAACGACGGCUUGACCAUUUGACGUGGGAGGAGAAACUUCAGAGGAAAAAGCUGAAGAAUCGGGUAGCAGCUCAAACUUCUCGGGAUCGUAAAAAGGCUCGGCUGGAUGAGCUCGAAGAGACGGUGAAGCUUUUAAGAGAGAAGAACGAUGAUUUGACUCGCCAAUGCGCAGCCCUACGAUCAGAAAAUGAGGCGUUGAUUGAAAAUGUUAAGAGGUUGAAAAGAGAGAAGGAAGAAGGAAAGGCCAACGAUCAGUUUUGCCUGGCGUGCCAGGGGCAUGUCGGCUGUACUGCAUUCCCGACGGGAUCGGCAGCAUCUCCCAAAUACCCUCAGCCGCAGGGUGGAGCAAUACAGCCGGCGUCUUCCCUGGCAUGGGCACAGAGACUUGUCGAACUAUUGAAGAUCAUGACCUUCUACCUUCUCUUGAAGAACUGUUCGGAGACAUUAACAAUGACGACUACAUCGAACGUCUUGAAGAGCUUACAAAGAGUCUUUUACGAGAAGUUACAGCAGAAAUGGGAACUAAUACAUCAAACCAAUACUGCCCAAAUACAGAAAAUAACGAAAAACACAAUGACUCAGGAAUGGUGGAUGAAGCUUCAAAAGAUGUGGAUAUUCGUAGAGCUAUUACAUCUUUAAGCAACCAUUUAACACAUCAACGUUCGCUCAACCCGGUCACCGAGUCAAGCACCGCAUCAGCUGAUAAUAAUUUGCGAUCCGUGCCUUUAAAGGAGGUAUUCGAGAUAAAGCAGGAGCCUAUAACGAAUGACAUGGAUACAGUUUACGGCACGUACGAUGAAACUGCCAAUUGCAUAACGAUCAUAUAUCCAGGAGAUGAAGAUAGCAUACAGGGUAUUAAUUCAGAGAUUUCUUGUCCAAUCGAAGCUGUUACGUGCGUAACACCUUGUAACUCGUACGAGGGUUGUUCGUCGAUUACAAACGAUCGAGUUAAGUCACUGUCACCUAUGAGUGUCCAGUCCGACAGUAUCGAUACCAGUGUUUCGUCGAACAAAUUGAACUUUGAUUUUUCGGAUUCUUGUUACGAGUUACAGGAUUCACCUGUUACAGACGAUUGUUUAGCAAAUGACAUGGAAAGUACCGUCAACCCUGGAAUUUUGUCGGAUACGUGGCAUCAAACAUUUUCCGAAAUUUUUCCAAGUUUGGCGUAAUUGGAUGCUUAGAAAAAGCCUAGAGUUUUUUUGCACUUUGUAAUAGAGAGAUUCGUCAAAUCUGUUUGUUGUAAUAUGAAUCGUAUACACUUGUCCCAAAGAUGACUAUUUCUGGACAAUGUUCAUGUAAAUAUUUCUAAUUCAUACGUAAGUGAAUGUUUGGUGUCACCCACAAAAUACUUUUCUUUCCUCUCAUGAGGUCUACUCGAGGUACGUUGAAAUAGAUCUAUCGAAUUAGCUGCGAUUUCCUUUCUUGAGGCACCGAUCUAUGCACAAGUUGGAAACUGUCUAAACGAUUCUACGACACCGUGUAGCCUUUGCAAAAUAAUAAAUCUAGAGGAUGUUA